CCUCUCACCCCCCCUCCCCCUUAAAAGAUUUAGAUGCACUACUGUUCCACUGGAUGUCAUAAGGUGAAUGCACCAAUUUGUAAGUCGCUCUGGAUAAGAGCGUCUGCUAAAUGACUUAAAUGUAAAUGUAAAUGACAGAGGACGGGACUAGAGUGUGGAGAUCAAGAGAGAUCAACUUGAGGUGAAGAUUAAGGUUGGACUAGUCUGCUGUACUGUACAUCUCUGGUAAGACUUCUCUGUCUAAACACUGCAUGUAGACUUUGUGUGUUUUAUUGUUUAUAUAUAUUAAAUUGUUCAUGUUGUAAAUCCAUUUGUGAUAAUCUGUCUUUGUAAAAAGUGCUGUAUCAAUAAAUAUGGUUGAUUGUUGUGUUAUAGAAUGAUGCAGGUGAUCUUUAUUCAAAUCAGUCUAGAGUCUUUGGCUUCUAGUUCUGAAGUCACAUUGAUAGAUGUGUUUAGGACAUAUAAAUAUAUAUUAGAAUGUCUUUGGGUUUCAACUGAGUACUAUAUCUCCUUAGACCCAAAUGUGAUAAUUUAGUGUAAUUGAAUUUCACAGUACUGUUAUUAUUAAUUUAAUAUUUAUUUAACCCAAAUAACAUCUUAUUGAGAGUUUUCUGACCCUAUGACAUGCAGAAAAACCAAGGGAUUGGUUUGUGUUUAAAGGAUUUGUUUUAGUGGACUCAGAGAGAACAAUGUUGAAACAAACAGAUACUCCUGAGGUAAGAAACUCAUCAUCACAAUAUAGUAGGACAUUUGUCUGAAAUAAACCACGCAAUAUUAUGUUUGGUUCUCAUCAAAUACUUUGCUACUGCAUAGCUGAUAUCGCUCAAAUAUACAUUGAACACAACCCCUUUCUGUUGCUGUCAAUACUAAACUCACCACAUUCAAUCAUAAUGAAAGGAAACUUACUUCAUUAUGUUGAUGUUUACACAAUAUAACGAUGACAUUUGUCUGCAACAUACCAAACUGUACUGUAAUACAUACAUAUGAAUAUGCAUCCAGAAUUAAGUAAUAUAAUAUACUUUCCUGACAAAGUGAGAGUAUAAGCUGUCAGAAUUAUGUUUUAUUUAUCUUAAAAUAGCUUUUUAUGAAAUGACAUGUUAUAUAAGGUAUGAACAUUUGAAGUGUUAUGGCUCAAUUAAAGACAUUGAAUAACAUAUUUGUCCUUACCUAUCAACUCUUCAGUUCACCAAACUAUAUCAUUAUGAAGUAAUAUCCUGUACACAUAUAUUUUUCUGUCUCUUUCAUUCAUUCUGUCAGACUGUGCGUCUGUCUCACUCUAUCAAUGAUGAAGAGAUAAAGUAUGUGAAGGAGAGGAAGACUCUGAUUAAGAAGUGGCUGAAAGGUCAGGGUAUCGACUGUGAACUGGAGGAUGUUCCUAACAUAGCGUUGCUGGGGUCAGGUGGAGGAGAGAGGGCAGCAGUGGGCAUGCUGGGAUCUCUGCAUCAGCUGGAACAGGACAACAUGCUGGGCAGCCUCCUCUAUAUGUGUGGGGUGUCAGGCACCACCUGGUGCAUGUCAUCCCUGUACAGCGAUCCAGAUUGGUCAUUGAAUAAGCGUUGUGAUGAGGUGAUAAAGAAGCUGAAGGGUCCUAAAGUGAACUUGAGCAAGAUUGUGGAGUGGCUGAAAUCGAGGAAAGGACAAAACCAGGACUUCAACCUCACUGACUUCUGGGGCGCCUUCACUGCCUCCUAUUUCAUGAAAGAGAUGAACACUCGCUGUCUCUCUGAAGAAGCUCACAGGAACAGCACCAACCCCUACCCCAUCUACAGCGCCAUAGAACUGGAGCACAACAAACUGGGCUGCACUAAAGGGGUGUGGUUUGAGAUGACCCCCCACGAGAGUGGCUUCUCCGGAUUGGGAGCUUUCGUCUCCACUUCCUGUCUUGGGAGCCAGUUUGAAGGCGGGAAUCUGAGAGAGAAGAGGAAGGAAAUGGACAUGGUAUUGCUGCAAGGUAUCUGUGGGAGUGCCAUUGCAGAUGGGCAGAGGAACAAUGCGGAGGUAGUACAAAUGAUCUGGGACUUACUGGGAG